CAUGAAAAAAGGUAGGAGCUGUGCCUCUCAGUUGCUGACCGAGGGGAGAGAAGUGGGAGAGGGGAACAGGAAGGAAUGAAGAGGAGAGGAGAGGAGAGGAGAAAGAAGCAGCGACACACUUGCAUCUGUUGUGGCAGCGUCCUGGAACCGGGAAGCAAAUGAGACAGUGUGAGAGAGGUAGAAAGAGUAUGCCAGAGUGAGAGGAGAGAGAGAAAGAGAAGGGGAUGUCAGACAGCCGUGUCCUUGAGAACUGCACCACAACUCUUUGAAGAGAGCCGGGAGAUGGUAAUGAACUUAUCGAAGGGCCCAUUGGUGAACAGCAGCAGUGAAGACAACUCCAAGUCAACUUUUGGUAAAUGUGGCGCAGGCGCCUGGAGGAUGCACCAGAACUACGAUCCAGUGGAGGUCAACCACAUGAGAGACGCCCAUGCCCUCUACAACCCCAGGCUUCUCUGCAGAAUGUCCAGUAAGGAGCGCCACCUUGAGUCCAACUGUCCGUCCUCUUACAUAAAGACUGAGCCCUCUAGUCCUGCCUCCUUGACUGACAGUCUAAACCAUCACUCCCCCGGCGGCUCCAGCGACGCCUCAGGCUCAUAUUCAUCAACGAUGAACGGCCACCCCAACGGAUUAGACUCCCCGAGUCUUUACGGCUCCAACGCAGGGCCGCUGGGUCCUGCCGGCGGCCCCGGAUCGAAGCGGUACGAGGACUGUUCGUCAACGAUCGGGGAAGACUCACAGAUCAAGUGCGAGUACAUGCUGAACUCAAUGCCCAAGAGGCUGUGUCUGGUGUGCGGGGACAUCGCGUCAGGGUACCACUAUGGCGUGGCUUCCUGUGAGGCCUGCAAAGCCUUCUUCAAACGCACCAUUCAAGGCAACAUCGAAUACAGCUGUCCAGCCACCAACGAGUGCGAGAUCACCAAGAGGAGACGCAAGUCGUGUCAGGCCUGCCGCUUCAUGAAGUGUCUUACUGUGGGCAUGCUGAGGGAGGGUAAGGGAAAAGGUGUCCGUCUGGACAGGGUUCGUGGUGGGAGACAGAAGUACAAGCGCCGGAUAGAUGCAGACAACAGUCCAUACCUGAAUCCGCAGCUGGCUCUGCCACCCAAGAAGCCAUUUGCCUUUGGCUGCCUUGCAGAUAACAAAAUCGUCUCUCACCUGCUGGUGGCCGAGCCAGAGAAGAUUUACGCUAUGCCCGACCCGACCGUGCCAGACAGCGACAUCAAGGCCCUGACUACGCUCUGUGACCUCGCGGACAGAGAGCUGGUGGUCAAUAUCGGCUGGGCCAAACAUAUCCCAGGUUUCUCCACGCUGUCUUUGGCAGACCAGAUGAGUCUACUGCAGAGUGCAUGGAUGGAGAUCUUGAUCCUGCGCGUGGUCUACCGCUCCCUGUCCUUUGAAGACAAGCUGGUGUACGCUGAGGACUACAUCAUGGAUGAGGACCAGUCAAAGCUUGCUGGACUUCUGGACCUGAACAACGCCAUACUCCAGCUGGUCAAGAAAUACAAAUCCAUGAAACUAGAGAAGGAGGAAUUUGUCACUCUCAAGGCGAUCGCCUUGGCUAACUCAGACUCCAUGCACAUCGAAGAUGUGGAUGCAGUACAGAAGCUCCAGGACGUGCUCCACGAGGCCCUGCAGGACUACGAGGCCUCCCAGCACCAGGAGGAUCCCCGCCGGACGGGCAAGCUGCUCAUGACCCUCCCCCUGCUCCGCCAGACCUCCACCAAGGCUGUGCAGCACUUCUACAGCAUCAAGCAGGACGGCAAAGUCCCGAUGCAUAAACUCUUCCUGGAGCUGCUGGAAGCCAAGGUGUGAGGACAGGGGAAAUGGACGGAGGACAGCCAGACACCAGUCUGAACCACCCAAGCUUCACCUCAAAUUCUGAACAGCAACGUUGAAUGACCUCUUCCUCUUUGACACGCACACAUUCUGACACCUCACACACACACACACACACAUAGACAUAUGUCCUUGAAGUACGUCUUCUGAUGAGUCCCCCCCUUUGAAUAAACAAGUCAAUUUUACCUUUUGACUCCUAAAACUCCACCGACCUGAGAAACGUGCACCUGUUUGAAUCCGACACUGACAGACUGACAUGAAGUCGGUAUGAUUAAAGGGAAGAUGAUGUUUCCUUCUGACACUAUGAACAAUCACACACACGUUUCCACGGUGACUCGGGACACUGGCGAUCCACACGGUCACUUAUGCAUUUAAUAACAGUUAAGACGCUAAAAUGAGGAUACAUUUGAAAGACACUUAAAAAAAACUCUAUCGUUUGAGUUUGGAGAGACUCUAAAGACUGCACUCAUGUCUCCGCCCCCCCCACAGCAGUUUUUUUUUAGGUGUUCAACAAAAAACACGUGGGGGAGAAAGGAAAAAAAAAAGAACACUAAACAAGUAUUAACGAUGUUUGUUGUCACAUUUCAUGUACAGUGAGAUUUUUUGAUGGAUGGACAGAAAGAGGAGGAGGAGGAGGAGGAGGAGGAGGAUUUUGCCCUGCCAAACAAUGGAGCUCAUCCAUUCAGAGGAUGCCAGCAAACUUUACUGUCACAGCCCUAAACUGUUCCCACUCUGACCCACUAGUGGUUUUCAGUCCUGGCCUUCAAGAGGAGCCUGCUGGUUUUCUGCUGCAACAUGUUUUAUUGUCAAACUGUUGUGGUUAAGAUUUAAACCAGCAGGACUAGGAUUAUAAACCACAGCUGUAAACUCUCUCUCUGGCCCCGCCCUCCAUUGUCACCUCUUGGUUUUCCAUGACUUCAAUUACAACUUAAUUAUUGGUUGGAUUGGUUGUAGUUGACCUGUGACCCCGGCCUCUCGAACCUGUCACUGUUACAACAGUAACAGUGUUUUUUUGUCACACGAUGAGGCUGAAGAUGUUUUCAAAUAUUCAAACCGCUUGAGGAAGACUUGAUCUACGCGUUUAGGAGUCUCAAUUCAUGGGGUUGUCUCCUUAGGGGGACCCAGUUAAUCCCUCAUGGCUUUGGGGGUCACACUGCUGGUCCCUGAAUUGAGACACCGCUAAAGGUCCAGUUUCUCUGUGAUGCGACAUAUUCUGUCAAACACACCUCAAGUUUGGAUGUGUGAAACAUUUCCAGCUGCGCUGUGGCUCAGGUUUUUAGCUGGGUCAACGGCAACAAUGUGAAAGCCAUGUCUUUGGCAUCUCCCUCUCCUUGCUCCCUUUGAAUUCACUGCUUCCAGUUCCUCUCUUUUCUGUGGUUCAUUCAGUGAGUGAUGAGGAAGCUUCUGUUGCUCAUUGCAAUACAAAACCAGAAGGAACGGUGUGUGUGGCGGUCGAAACUGACUUUAAAAAAAGAAAAAGAAAAAAGAAAAACAAUUGUUGCAUUCAAA